AUGGCCUCCAUGGCGGCGGCGAUUGCUGCUUCCCGCACGGCCGUGAUGAACGGGAACCGGCCACUGGACGAGCGGGAGCGCAAGCGGUUCAGCUACUUCUCCUCGCUGAGCCCCAUGGCGCGCAAGAUCAUGGCGGAGAAGGAGCGGAUCCGCGAGCGCUACGGGCCCGAGUGGGAGCGGCUGCCGCCCCGGCAGCAGGACGAAAUCAUCGAUAAGUGCCUGGUAGAUCCCCACGUUCAGGCCCGCUACGCAGCGCACCGCGGCGCCGCCCGGACCGCAGCGCCGCCCUCCUGCUACCCCAGCCUCCGCCUCAACACGGGCCAGAAGGUGGUGCGCUUCGGCGACGAGGACAUCACUUGGCAAGAUGAACACUCGGCUCCCUUCUCCUGGGAAACAAAGAGUCAGAUGGAGUUCAGUGUGGCAUCUCUGUCCAUACAAGAGCAAGGUGGUGCCCCAGUGCAAAAUGAACAGAGGCAGCCCAUUAAAGCAGCACCUGGUGUCCAAGUCCCAAAAUCUUCUCAGGCCAGUAAGACUCCUGGCUCUGAUGGGUUGAUAGCAUCCAGAAAGGAAGAGGAGUCCUCUUUCUGGAAGAUAAAUGCAGAGCGCUCAAAAUUUGAAGGAGACAAGUCUGAGUUCCAGUCCUUGACCCCCAGCCAGAUCAAGUCCAUGGAGAAAGGAGAGAAACCCCUUCCCUCGUUUUACAGACAAGAGCCUACUCCAAAGGAGAUUGUGAAAGCUGAGAAACCCAGCACAACUAAACCAGAGAAGUCUGUUGCCCCCAGCUUACCUUCCGUAUCUCUCGAAUGGGAGAAGGCUCAACCCACUCAACUCCCUGCUAGCUCUCUAGAUGACUUCUUUUUUCCUGACCCACCGCAGGACCUGGCAUCUUCUAGGACAAACAAGGAAGAUACUGGUGGUACUAUACUUACAGAUCCACAAAUUCCUGGACAGACUAGUACAAGUAAUGUUAUCUUGAAGACUGGCUUUGAUUUUCUAGACAACUGGUAA